ACCGUCGUUUACUUCUAUUUUCCACCCAUUUUCUCGCCGACAAUUCUUCAUUCUUCUUCGCAUAAAACUCGUACGAUUUCUCAAUUCCAUGAGCUGAAGCUUAAAAAGAGAACAUUUUCAACACCAAAUCAUUCGAAAAACGAAGAAAUUGAGAAUGUACACGUUGAAAGAUAAAGUAGCCGAUGGUCUUUCGAGCUUAUUUUCAGAUUCACCGAAUCAUUCUUCUCCAUCUGAUCCUCCUCAGGCCAGCUUGUAUUCAGAUUUCAGAAGGAUCGAGAUCUUUGUCUUCAAUUUUUCUAAAAUUACCCCUUCGGCAAGCUUAGGCGGGUCUAAAUCGAAUGAUCAUGGAAGUCAUCUCAAGACAAUUCAGUCGCAUCCUGUUGGAUGGAAAUGUAGGACAUACGAGUUGCAAGAUGAAUCCUUAGAUAGCUGUGGAGACCAUGAACUUACUAAUAAAAAUAAAAACAUACAAAUAGUUCAUGAAGUUUCGAAGAAAAUCUCGAAAGAUAAAGACAAGCAAACUAUUAGUCCUUGGGGCGAGGAUAAGGACCGUACAUCCAAAAGGAAUAGCAAUGAUUCCGAAGAAUUUCAAGAUGCACAAGUUCAACGGAGUCCAGUAAAGCCUCCACUGAACCUUUCUGAUGAAUCAGUGUUUAUUACCCCUGAUUUGUACGAAGUUUUGUUGUCUUCCCUUCCCAAUAUUGUUAAAGGUUGUCGAUGGAUGUUGUUGUAUAGUACGUUGAAACAUGGUAUAUCACUUCGUACGCUUAUUCGAAAGAGUGCGGAUCUUCCUGGCCCUUGUUUGCUGAUUACCGGAGAUAGGAAAGGAGCAGUCUUCGGUGGAAUGCUAGAAUGCCCCUUGAAUCCUACACCAAAGAGAAAAUACAAGGAACAAACCAGACAUUUGUGUUCACUGCCGUAUAUGGUGAACCUAUGCUAUUUAGACCAACUGGUAUGCAAUUUUCUCCGACAUACUUUUAAGACCUUUAAUGUUGAAUGUAUUUCUGAGCUAUUAUAGGCUUUGAUCUUGUGUCGCACUCGUACCAAUCUAAACAGGUACUAAUCGUUAUUACUAUAUAUGAAUGUAUUUCUGUGCUAUUAUAGGCUUUGAUCUUGUGUCAUACUCAUACCAAUCUAAACAGGUGCCGAUCGUUAUUACUAUAUAUGUUUGAAUGACUUGUUAGCACUCGGUGGUGGUGGCAACUUCGCUUUGUGAUUGGAUGGAGAUCUCUUGAGUGGAAGUAGUGGACCUUGUGAAACAUUCGGGAACUUGUGUUUGGCGCAUGACCGGGAUUUCGAGCUAAACAAUGUUGAGCUAUGGGGUUUCACACAUGCAUCACCAUACUUAAAUCGAAAGCAGCUGUGGCAAGUAUGAUAGAGCUCAUUUCAAUGGUUAACAAAAUGGGGCACUGUUACCUUCAAUCCAUGCUUUUGCCCUCAUUUGUGGGCUUUAAGAUUUGAUUUGGUUGGUAGUUAGGGUUAUAUCAUAUGGGGUUUUAAAUAGUUGUAUGUCUUUAAUCCAUUAGUAUUUAUAUCAUGUACACAACUCACAAGGCCUUGU